AUGGACGGGCAGGACGCCUACUGGCAGUACCAGCAGCCGCCGCAGUCAGCCGCCCCUCUCCACUUCUCCUCCCCGCAAACAACCGCCUACAGCUCUUCUCGGUCACCGCCGAAUGGAGCUGUCCCGGCAGUCUAUCCAGGCAACGGUCUCGAGCAGCCCUACGCAUCCACGUCGGCAUACGUCUUCAGCGCCGACCCUCAGCCUCCCCCUCCUUCCUCCUUGCCGACUCCUCAGGUCCCGACGUACGCCUUUCUCGGACAGUACGACGGCGUAACCGACUAUACGCAACACCCCGGCUAUGUCUAUGCCUCUCAGCCGCACGGUGUCGCUCAGCAGGAGGACUUUGCGACCGCGACGGUUAUGAACGGCGAAGCUCAGAACGGUGAGGGCACCUACGGGGAGAAGCUGAGUAACGCGCGAAUGAGCAAGAAGCCGAAGCCUCGUCCACCGCCGCCGCAAGGCGCCAUCGUGACGGACAAGUCGUUCCGCUGUAACCGCAUCUUUCCGCGCUGCGACCAUUGCACGGCAAGGGACGAGGACUGCGACCUCAAAGACUGGAAACCACGACCAAAAUACAAGCCCAACGAUCCUGCGCGGGUUGCGGAGCUGGAAAAGCGUCUCGCCGAACUCGAAGAACAGCUCGCGCAGUCAAGCGACAAGCCUCAGUCCGGCCAGAUCGACGUUUCCGCCGCCAACCUCGACCUCCCUUCCGACUUCUCCUCGUUCAAACCGAUCUCUUCGCUCUCUUCCGCCGCCGCUACCUCCUCAGAAACAAGAGACGCCCUCGCCUCGCUCAUCGCCGGCGGUAGCAGCAUCGGCCAGCAAUCGCUCGACUGGCGCCUUGCAGAACCGCAAAUGAUGUCGAGCCUGUCUCGUCAUCUCUGCUUGGCAUUUUGGGAGAGCUGUUGCUUCCUCCUACCGACGUACGAGUUCUGGAAGACUCGGACGGACGAUCUGCUCGCGCACGAUCACGAGAAGCUCAGUCCAGCUUUGCGAGUCGCCUUGACCUCCUUCUGGACAGUCGGCGCCCGCACUUCACCUCAUUCCGCCGUCCUCGGUAUCGCGAUCCGCCCCGAAGAUCCCGUCGACCAUCCCAACGCACCGCUACUCAACGCAGGAAAUCGACGGCAGACAGCAUGCACAGCGCUUUUCGACAAGGCGCACGCGCUCAAUUGGGAAGCGGGGACGAUGGAGACGCCGACGGUCGAGGCGCUCGCUGCUUUGCUCGCCGUUCUGCAGAUGUCGUUAUUCACCGAAGUGCAGCCGAUGAAGACGCGCCCACUCCUCCGCUCAGCCGUCUCGCACUACAAGGACUUGCAAGACGCUGCAUCAAACGAAGCAGAAGCUGCGUGGAUUCGCAAGACAUUCGGUUUCGCUAUCUACACCGCCGACUGCCUCAUCUCCGCCUACGCUCGACGCAAGUGCCACAUCGCUGAUAGCGACCUCCCGACGUACUUUGCGCACGCCGACACCAAGAUCAUCCUGCCGCGACUACCGAUGGACAGCCUGCUUCCGAUCGCGCAAAAGCUCGUCAAGGCAAUUUCGUCGAGGGAGUCGGCCUUGAAGAGCGCAAAGCAUCUGCUCGCUUGCUGGGUCUGCGCUUGCCAGCGCGCCUUCGUCCAGUUCGCUGCUCCGACAGGUUCUGCUCGCAAGACGGCCGAAGACUUGACAGGCGGAUUGCUGCAACUCUGGAGUGCUAUCGACUCGACGCGCUCCGCAGCCGCCUAUCUCCUCGAGCUUUCUCCACCGACGCUCCACAAUCACGUCCCCAAUCCUUCCGAGCCGCAACACACAGUCCACGAGCACGACUACGGCGCCCAGUUCAUUCGGCUCGACCGCGACCUUCUCGACCUGAUUAACCUCAUUCACGUCGAGGUCGAGGCGAGGCAGGCGAUACUUCCGCCACAACUGCGAGCAGAGAGUCUGAGCAGGGUGCGGAAGGCGUUGCGAAGGCGGUCGUUUUACCUUCACACGUAUGUUGUCGGAGCGGAUGUGCACAUGGCGUUUCACGAGGUCUACCAACUCGAGCACCUGCCGAACUGGACGAAGCUGGCGUUGCAGCGAGUCGGCGAGCCUGGCGGACCAGUGACGGCGGACGAGCAGGUCACAGAAACGGAGCUGAGCUGGUUCAUCGAGGGCUUGCAACACGCCUGUUACUUCCACCCUCUCUCCGAACAACGGCUUGUCGAACUCGCACCUUGCUUCGGCCCUCUCGACGCCAAGGUGGACCUCUCGCCGCGCUUCACGCAGCUCGAUCUGUCGGGCGGACAGUCGCAGAAGGCCCAGGAGCAGCAAACCCAAUCCGACCCCACCAUCCCGCUGCGCGUACCCGCCGACCCGCUCCUCUCGCCCUCGCAAGCGGAGUACUCCUCCCCUUCGUUCGCCUCCAGCGCCCUCUUCGGCACUUCCACGCCCGUUCUCGCACCCUCCACCUCCCUCCCCUCUUUCGCCACAACCUCCUCACCCGCCUCCGCCGCGCCCACCUCUCUCCCGAUCAACUUCGACCGAUGGAGUCCGCUCAGCUUUGGAGAUACGGGUCUCGGAGGAUUACCAACGUUUGAGGAGAUCGACGGGGCGUUCGGUUGGAGUGGAGGACUUGAAGGCGGCGUGGGUUUGUAG